AUGUCGCUGGGAGCCGAGAGGAGGAUGGAAAACCGGCUGAAGAAGCUGGAGGACAUGAUCCGAGACCCCAGGUCUGCCGUAAACCUGGAAAGUUUGCUGGACUCCAUAAACGCUCUGGUUUUGGACCUGGACUACCCCACGCUGCGCAAGAACAAAAACAUUGAUACCUUCUUAACCAGAUAUGAAAAAGUCGUGGGACAGAUCCGAGACCUCCAAAUGAAGUCUGAGGACUUCGAUAAAGUGAAAAUCAUCGGGCGUGGAGCUUUUGGUGAAGUCCAGCUGGUCAGUUCUGAUGACCUGAAUUAUAAACUAAUCAUUAAUGUGUUACUCAGUCUUAAAGAACUGGACUCCAUAAACGCUCUGGUUUUGGACCUGGACUACCCCACGCUGCGCAAGAACAAAAACAUUGAUACCUUCUUAACCAGAUACGAAAAAGUCGUGGGACAAAUCCGAGACCUCCAAAUGAAGUCUGAGGACUUCGAUAAAGUGAAAAUCAUCGGGCGUGGAGCUUUUGGUGAAGUCCAGCUGGUCAGACACAAAGCCUCACAGAAAGUUUACGCCUUGAAGCUGCUGAGCAAGUUUGAGAUGAUCAAGCGCUCAGAUUCUGCAUUCUUCUGGGAAGAAAGAGACAUCAUGGCGUUCGCCAACAGUCCCUGGGUCGUGCAGUUGUGCUGUGCCUUCCAAGAUGAGCACUACCUCUACAUGGUGAUGGAGUACAUGCCGGGGGGGGACCUGGUCAACCUCACCAGCACCUACGACGUGCCCGAGAAGUGGGCCAAGUUCUACACGGCCGAGGUGGUGAUGGCCCUGGACGCCAUCCACUCCAUGGGCUUCAUCCACCGCGACGUGAAGCCCGACAACAUGCUGCUGGACAGCCUGGGCCACCUCAAACUGGCCGACUUCGGCACCUGCAUGAAGAUGGACGCCACCGGCAUGGUGCACUGCGACACGGCGGUGGGAACCCCGGACUACAUCUCCCCCGAGGUGCUCAAGUCUCAGGGCGGAGACGGCUACUACGGGAGGGAGUGCGACUGGUGGCGAUACGCCGUUUUACGCCGACUCUCUGGUGGGAACCUACAGCAAGAUCAUGGACCACAAGAACUCCCUCAACUUCCCCGACGACCCGCGGCCCCCGUGGUGCCAGAGCUCAGCAGCGACAUCGACACCAGCAACUUUGACGAGAUAGAAGACGACAAAGGGGACGUGGAGACCUUCCCCACGCCGAAGGCCUUCGUCGGAAACCAGCUCCCCUUCGUGGGCUUCACCUACUUCAAAGAAAACCAGUUGCUCGUCGCUCCAAACAACUCCGCUGUGAUUCAGGAGAACUCAAAGGGACAGCUGGUCUCGCAGGCUGUUUACUGCACAGAGCAGGACCUCACAUCAGUUCUGGGGAGUGUAAAGGCUAAAUAA